AUGGCGGAGAACGACGUUGACAACGAGCUGCUGGACUACGAGGAUGACGAGGUGGAGAACGCGGCGGGCGCCGACGGGGCCGAGGCGCCCCCCAAGAAGGACGUGAAGGGCUCGUACGUGUCCAUCCACAGCUCGGGCUUCCGGGACUUCCUGCUCAAACCCGAGCUGCUGCGGGCCAUCGUGGACUGCGGCUUCGAGCACCCCUCCGAAGUCCAGCACGAGUGCAUCCCCCAUGGGAUGGUGGCAGUGUUUUUCGGGGGCCUGUCCAUCAAGAAGGACGAGGAGGUGCUCAAGAAGAAUUGUCCCCACAUCGUGGUGGGGACCCCGGGCCGGAUCCUGGCGCUGGCCCGGAACAAAAGCCUGAACCUCAAACACAUCAAACAUUUCAUCCUGGACGAGUGCGACAAAAUGCUCGAGCAGCUCGGUGGGUCGGGGGUUGUGAUUUUUGUCAAGUCCGUUCAGCGCUGCAUCGCCCUGGCCCAGCUGCUCGUGGAGCAAAACUUCCCGGCCAUCGCCAUCCACAGGGGCAUGCCCCAGGAGGAGAGGCUGUCCCGGUACCAACCCGGACGAGGCCUCGGCACCGACUGCGCCGCCGGACGGGGAGGGGAGGAGGAGAGGGGAGGGGAGGGCGCCGCGGGUUUGGGUGAAAUAAAAGCGAUUUUUGUGGCAGAAAUGGCGCCGUGGUUUCUUUGGGGCCGCCAGGGGGCGCGCGGGGCCGGGGGCGGGGCCAGCGCGGCCGUCACGUGA